AUGUCUGCACCAAACCAAGGUCGUCAGUCACCGGACCCCGAACGCCAGACUGGUGCUCAACAGCAAGAUCACCCUUCCCAGCCGGGUAGCGGAAAGCUCGACAACUCUCAGAGCAAGAAUGAAGGCAAAGACGACCAAACGGCCAACCUUACGAGCAACCCAAAGCACAUCCUUCACGAUCAUGCCGAAACAAAGACAGCCAAGAGCACAGGAGCUUCGAGCUAG